CUUGGAGUCUUGGAUUUCAGAUGUUAGAAUCAAACACCUAUCUGAAGGCACUUUUACAUAGCUAUUCAGAGAUAACAUCUCACAUUCACAGCUAGGUUUACAGGCACAUAGAGCUUUCGUUCAACGUGGCCAUUAAAAGGCACAUAGAAAGCCUGUUUGCAAAGCCAGUAGUUAAGUCUUCUGGUGCUAUUGAUGAAAUCAGCAAAUUCCGGGGAGCUCACAGGCAUAGAGUUUCCCUGGGGUUCAGAUUAUCAGCCUGGUCCAGCAUUCUUGGGGGAAGCGUGCGAGGAAUCGGAGGUAGACCGUAACCGGUGAGCAGAGGUUGUUAUGAAAUUAUCUGAGAAAGCCUAUUUAGGUGAGUAGAGGAGUGAACCUAGAGUGCAAGGCGCAUUCCCAUAGUUAGAACCCAUAGUUAGACCCCAUGUUAGACAUGUCCAAGUUGCUGAUGCUCCCUCACCCCCCCCCCCAACCAAGGAAAAUCGGCACACGAAACCUGUGGGAAUGCGUUGCAGGAGUUUCCUUUGGCGAAAGGUUCUUCCGGCCAGGGACUGUGCCGAACAACCUCUUUAACCCACAUCCAAAGCUUCAUGCCGUUGAAAUCCCUGGGACCCUCAGCGCUCACUAAGGCGCCUAAGCAGGCCCGUCAGGUUCAUCUCUCACGCAACAUCUUGAGGUAAUCCUCACUUGCCCACACCAAGAUGAGGGCUCUGGGCCUCUGGCAAAGAUAACAAUGUUUACAAUCAUGAGUGGUGCUCGCUGGAGCGAGGCAGAUUGACUGUGUCUGGACGCGCAAGUGUGUUGAGGGUGGGCAGAAAGUCCUAAGGCUUCUUUCUGCUGUGCCUCGCGCGUGAGGCGCCACCAGAUGUUCUAGCCCUCCAGAGUCCAAAGCCUUGCCCAACUCCUCCUCUCUCCUCUUUCAGGAAAACGAUUCUUCAUGAAGCAAAUAAACCUAGAGAGCCAGAUGAGCCGUUGGAGUUUUGUCUUGUUACGAUAAAUAUCUUCAAGUUUACCUAUCCUAAAGUGUUGCGGUUCGAGCCGCUGGCUACAGCGUGAGACUGUCACAUAAAACAUCAAAAUGAACGAGGCUCAACCCGAAGAACUGGCGGGAGAUCUACUGAACAACUGCGGGCUUUGCUUGCUAUCCCUUGAUGGCGGAGGCGUCAGGGGGCUCUCGAGCCUACGGAUCCUACAGGGUUUGAUGGAAAGAGUCAACCAUGAGCGUGCCAUCGUUAACCUUCCCUCCGUGAAACCCUGCGACCUAUUCGACCUGAUCGGUGGCACCAGCACGGGAGGACUUAUAGCCAUAAUGCUUGGACGCCUCGAGAUGGACGUAGACCAGUGCAUCGCGGAGUACUCACGAAUGAUACAACAGAUCUUCAAGAAGAAGUCAUUUCCCGUUGACUGGAAAGGGAAAAUUAAAGGCCGUUUUAACACUGGGAUUUUAACGAACUCUCUACAAGAAACUUUGCUAUCCCUCGGCUUAUCAGACGCCGACUUUCUUAAUGACGGCAAAGAGAGGAAAUCUAGAGUAUUUGUUUGUGCAACGGCAUUCGAAACUAAAAGCAUCAUACGCCUCAAAUCCUAUAGACUCCCGGGCGACCCGAAUCUCAGCCCUACUAUACUAGAUGCGGCGCGCGCAACAUCUGCUGCAACAUCCUUCUUCGAACCAGCUGCUAUCGGUACCCGGAGGUACGUGGACGGCGCUUUGGGAGCUAACAACCCGGUGGAUGAAGUCUGGAAUGAAGCUCAAAAUAUUUGGUGCGCGGACGAUGGCGCUCUUGAGCCAUUGGUGAAUUGCUUUCUCUCGAUUGGCACGGGAAACCCAGGUGUCUCACCCAUGAACGAGGGUGCCUUGAAGAUGUUGGCAAAAGAUAUAGUGAAAAUGGCAACGCAAACCGAACGAACUGCAGAAACAUUCCAAGCAAGGCACCGAGGUUUAUUCGAUCGUGAGAGAUAUUUCCGUUUCAACGUUGCUCAAGGUCUACAGACUGUGGGGUUAGAGGAGUAUAAGAAGCAGGGCCUGCUUGAGGCAGCCACGGAUGACUAUUUGACUUCGACGGACCAGAGGGUUCGGCUAAGGAAUUGUGUAAAGCGCCUCAAAGAAAAAAAAGGUAAAAGUCCUAUCGACUUAGUAACAAGAAUACGGUCUUGUGGCAAGCUUAAUCGCGAGCGUAGAACCGCCUCAUAUACGAAUAUCUGUCUUUCAGAUCCCGCUUUCGUUCAGAAUCCUAAUUUUACGGGGCGGCAAAAUGAAAUUCAUGUUAUCCACCAACACUUCGUAUCCGCGAAGGAGAAAAAGUUGCAGGGACGUGUCUGUCUCUGGGGUCCCGGAGGAGUAGGCAAAACGCAACUCGCAGCAGCUUAUGCUUUAUCUCACAAGCAGCAUUACUCGCACAUCCUAAAGGUUUCGGCGCGGAGCUUUGCAGCUUUGGAAGAAGAUUUUGCAAAGAUCAUAUACGAAGUCACGUCGCACGCAGGAGUUGAUGCGAACCCCACCAGCGGGGUCAAACCCCAAAUGAACGAAGCAGAAAUGCAGGGAAAUAUUCAUGCUGUCCAUCGGUGGUUUUCAGAUCGCCAAACCGGCGACUGGCUAUUGAUAAUUGACGACGUGAGUCUUGCAGGCGUGAAUAUUCUGGGAUUCAUUCCUCGAACAGAGACUGGAAAUGUCCUCAUAACUAGCCAAAGCCGGGAAAUUGGUGGUUACGGUCAUUUAAUACCCCUUGAAGACCUAGACCCGGAAGACGCUGUUACCCUCCUUCUAAAUAAGGCAAACAUACAUGAUGAGGAGCUACGAAGACAAACACUCCCCCAAGCUACGGAAAUAGUCAAGUGUCUGGGAUACCGUGCCCUUGCAGUGGAGCAUGCAGGUGCUCUUAUUGGAUGCAAGGGCAUAGAAUACUAUUGGAAUGUUUUCAAACUCGACCGGACCACAGUUCUUGACCAUCCUGAAAAUACUUCUAUCCAUCGGGAAUCUGUCUUCACGACAUUCAAGCUAUCCUUUGGCGUACUGAUGGAAAAGAACUAUGCAGCUGCAGUACUCCUGACAUUUCUUGGCUUUCUGGAUAACACGACGAUUUCUGAACAUCUGCUCCUUGAAGGCGGGAGGCGCCGAAAGUCACUCCCGUCUGUGCAGAUGUUCGAAACUCGAUUAGAAUUCGUAAAUUCUGUAGCUGACCUGCACGCCCUGGCCCUCAUAUACUAUUCCGAAGGAGAAGAUGGUAUAAUGAUAUCGCUUCAUCCGCUCGUCCAUUACAUGAGUCGUGCGAGGUUAAAGCCUAUCCAACGACUAACUCAAACAACGCACGCAGCAUAUUUCCUCCUAUCACCCAUUUUGUUUCGAUCCGCUACUGAGAGCUCUACAAGCCAUUCAUCAUUCAAACAUCUCCUUCAAGUUUUACAGCAAGCUAUGGAUGCAACCGAGGAGCCUCUUUCUAGCGUCCGCCAUCUGCGACUGUGGACCUAUCUCGCUCAAUUACUGAUUAGCUACUAUCCGUACUGGCAUGUUUCAGGUAAAGUUGGAGACUUGUUUGCUAUUGGCAAACGUGCAGUUUCUGUUCUUGAAUUUUCAACGGAUGAACACAAUUUUACUGCUUGGGCAUGGGCUUCCAUUCUUGUGGCACAAGCUUCUGAAUUCAUUCCUUCUAGCGGGGUUUCAGAUACCUCUAUCAAAGUGUUCCUAGGCAAACAACUCAAUCCGAGAAUAGCGUUGGCCCUGGACUAUGCUACCAAGGUCGAUGAAGCCGAUCCUUCACCCUCCCAUCUAAUACUUCCAAGAAUGGGCUUUGGUCCGAUGACGCUGAGGCGAAUUCUAAAAAGAAAACCUUCGGAAUGGUUCGUUUCUAUGUACGCGAAACUUCUCCGGGAGGCCGCAUGGCUAUGUACGCGCCGAAAGUUAUGGCAUGAAGGAUUACUUUUAGCGACACUGUCAGAGCUCCCCACAACUUUUUUUGACCGACAAUAUUUGGCAAGAUUCAACUUCUCGCCAGCUCAGGCAGUUAAAGCCACCUUCACUGCAUUCUCCAAUCAAGAUAUAGAAGGACUUCUCGACAUGCUCAAGAAAUUCGGGCAAGAUGUAGAAGACCUCCCGACUAGGGGAGCUCGAUAUGAUCUCAGCAAGAUCUUGGCUACAAAAGGGCAAUAUGCUGAGGCUGAAGUGAUAGCUAGGACACUUACUGCCCAAUAUUCAGGUGAUUCCAAACUCGCUAUUCCAUCUUUCGAGGGAACCUUCUACACCUGGGCCAACAAAUUACUCGCUAUCUGUUUGGCAGGCCAAGGGAAAUUGUCAGACGCGCGGGACCUUCUCGUCGAUGUAUAUAACACUGUGCAUGAAACGUCUGAGGGCGAUCACCUCGGCCCUUUCCACGCGAGCUACCUGAUGAUUCUCUUCCACACUCGAUUCAGAUUGCAUUUUCCGAAGGAUAUCAGCGACUAUCGGCGGGAGGUGUCCGAAGUGUUCCGACGUAUUUAUGCUGCGGAUAAAUCUAAUCUUUUGAGCGGAGAAGGCCUCGCCACGGGCUGCCUUCUAUUAUCGCAGGGUGCACUGGACGAAGCGGCUUUUAUUUUUCAAGAAUUAUCCGAGCUCUCAACUGAGAUUCUAGGCGCGGACCACCCUCAGACACAACACACGGCCUGGCUUCUUAAAACUGCAAUCAAAGAAAGGGAACAAGAGGCCGCCUAUGAAAAGAACGGAGAUUUCUGGAUUCAUUUCGGGUGCAUGACCUUUCAGAGAGAGGUUAGCAUUUUCAGCUCUCCUAGAAAUUUCAAGCCUGUUGUGGGGGCGCGAGAACAACAGAUUUCGUGGGAAGAGGCUGCUAAAUGGUCUCAUAGUCCAACAGAGGGUAAAUUUAGUGGGAAGAUAUACGGGAUUCAGAAGAAGAUACUUUUAGUUGUUAUGACCGCAGGGUCUGUCCUACUUGCCGGUUGGUUUCUGUUCACUUUCGGGGCUGAACUAAGCACGGCUUACGUUUUAACUGCAUUUUGUACUUUAGCAACUUCAACGUUAAUUUUGGAUAUUGUUGGCGGUUUUGAGGUGUCUAGUAGGUGGAUUAUCUGUUGGAUGCAAAGGCCUCCGAAGCCAUUGAAAACAAAAGUGCGUCCGUAGGCUAGUAAUGAGAUCUAUUAUCAGAAGUUUGAAUACUAAAUUUUAUGAUAAUACGCAGGUGGAUGGUGGACAUAAAUGGUAAUCACAUAGUAACAUCGUGGUCGGCGAUCGGGCUGAUGUCCUGAUAUUCAUGGGUUUGUAUUAUUUUCACUCUCAAUCCAACAUAGAGAAUACGCACAGGUCAUAUAUAUUCUCUUGGAGAUUAGACUUUGGAUGUGCUUAAAAUAAUCCUUUAGCUCAAAAGUUUACCAUACGCUAGUAUUACCUUGGACUAGUUAGCGCAAUAAUUAUGCUUAUUUUAAUGACCA